CUCCCGUCGCCUCCGCCCGUGGGAUCCGCGCGCGCCGACAGGACAGCCAUGGAUAAAAGUGAGUUGGUACAGAAAGCCAAACUGGCCGAGCAGGCCGAGCGUUACGAUGACAUGGCUGCUGCUAUGAAGGCUGUCACUGAGCAGGGACAUGAGCUGUCCAAUGAAGAAAGGAAUCUCCUCUCCGUGGCCUACAAGAACGUGGUCGGUGCCCGUCGCUCGUCCUGGCGCGUGAUUUCCAGCAUCGAACAGAAAACAGAGAGAAACGAGAAGAAACAGCAGAUGGGAAAGGAGUAUCGUGAGAAAAUUGAGGCUGAAUUGCAGGAUAUCUGCAAUGAUGUUCUGGAACUCCUGGAUAAAUACCUUAUUGUCAAUGCCACGCAGCCAGAAAGCAAGGUCUUCUAUUUGAAAAUGAAAGGUGAUUACUACAGAUACCUCUCAGAAGUGGCAUCUGGGGACAAUAAGCAAACAACGGUAGCAAACUCCCAGCAAGCUUAUCAGGAGGCAUUUGAAAUUAGCAAGAAAGAGAUGCAGCCAACACACCCCAUUCGACUCGGUUUGGCUCUAAAUUUCUCUGUCUUCUACUAUGAGAUCCUAAAUUCUCCUGAAAAAGCCUGUAAUCUGGCAAAGACGGCAUUUGAUGAAGCAAUAGCAGAGCUGGACACGCUGAAUGAAGAGUCUUACAAAGACAGCACCCUGAUCAUGCAGCUGCUUAGGGACAACCUCACUCUAUGGACGUCGGAAAACCAGGGAGAUGAAGGGGAUGCUGGGGAGGGAGAGAACUAAUGGCUGUCACGCUUCACUAUAUGUUCAAUGUCACCCUGUAUCCUACACAUAAUCCCUUUGUGCGACAAGCAAAAAGAAUAGUACAUUGACUUUCACAACCUCAACGUAGCAAAAACUGUCUGUGGGGUAAAACCGGUUGGUUGGUGUUCUGUGUACCUAGAGCGGAGGUCGGUUAUUCCAAUGGCAUUCCGAACUUUCCUAUUCUGAACAUUUACAGUUCCGAUUACCGUGUUUAUAUUUUUAACUGAACACUGUGAUGAUGAUAAUAAUAAUAAUAAUAAAGGGUUUUGUGAUUGCAAUUGACUUUACAAAACUCUUAUUGGUAGAAAAGUAGACAUCAAUUAUGUAACUCUGGCGAGCUUAAUUUGGCACCAAAAUAGUCGAAGUACAAUUCUGUUGUAAAGUUGUACAGAAAGUUAUAGAGAUUCUAUUGUGACACUGGGGCAUGGAAGGAAAACAAUCCAAUGUAUGGCAUUCCGGUUAGGGACACUGCUAUGAGGUAGUUGAACAGGCACACUCUGUAGACAUUUGUAACUGAGUCUGAGGCACCGCUUUCAGUCAAAAGCUCACUUUGUCAAUCCU